AUGAAGCCACCAAAUUCUCACCAUACCUUAUCACAAAAGCUCACACACUACAUUCAUUUGCCAUCACCACAUUCUGAUCACAUCCACCGAACCACUCAACCACACACAGCACCAUUAAACCACACCACAGGCCUCUCACACAAUCCCAAAACAUCGUCAUCACCACCAACACAUUCACAAGAGCUUCACCACACAAUCACCACCAGACCACACCACCACCCACUCCCCAAACACAAUCAUCACCACACUCAACAGCGUCACCACACACCACACAAUCACCCUCCAACACCUUGCCAGUGGCCAUCACCACAACGCAAGCCACCCAUCAAAGGCGGGUGGCUUUUGAUGCAUCGGAUAUAA